AAAACAAGAGAAGGGAACUUCUGGUUCCCCGAUCGCCGUCGCCUGCUUCUUUUCGAUCUCUCCCGACUCUAACACGCCUGAUUCAUGUGAUCGUGAAGCUUGCUGAUGAGCUCGUCGUUUGACAACAUUUUUUUAAUUUAAAAGUCAGCAAAUAGUAUGUGCGCUACUGUUAAAUUAGCAGAAGAAACGUCAAAAUGCAGCUGUUGUGAACGCGCUAUAUAAAUCAGAAUGUACUGUAUUGUACCAAGAACUAAACUGAGGCUCAGAGGGGAUCGAGCCUUUUCUGUUGCUGGUCCCUCUCUCUGGAAUGACCUCCCACUGAACAUUCUGCAGUCAUUCCACGACUUCUGCACCGUGAGACGGAUGUGCCAAACUGUCGUCCGCCAGCGUCCAAGCGGAGGAAACAAAAUACUGUACCAGUAACGUGUUUUGUAUUUUUUAACGUCACUAGACGAUGGCGAAAAUGUGCCGAACUCAUGUUGCGCGUGUGUGUGUGUUGACGAGUGACGUCCCGAUGAAGACGGGGGCGUCCCCCGCGCCCCCCUCCCCCAUGUCCGCAACUCGGAGCUUCCAGUUCAUAGAGGCGUUCUCGUGCAAUUUUCUAAGUCACAAAAUUCCGACUUGCCAUUGUCCGCGAAUGCAGCAUCAACGUACGUCACGAGAUCCUCGUCUUGCUAUUGGCUGAGUGCGAAAUUCAAACAAAAACCAGAAAGGCGUCCGCAACUGUUUCUUCGACGAGCAACUUUAGAAGAGAAGGAAAAUAGACAUUUUGUUUUCGUAUUUUAUUUUUAUUGACACAUUCAUAAUACCCGACAUCAAGAAAAUGGACGUGGCCUCCUGUUUACAGGUCUUUGAAAGCAGUUUCAGCUCGUACACGGGAGAUGACCCCUUGGACGUGUGGCUCAAGUUUGUGGAAUACUUGGACCAAAGUUUACCUGAAGCCGGCAGCAGUGAAAUGUCGGUGGUGCUCGACAGGCUGCUGCAGAACUUUCUCAGUGUGGAGCGAUAUGCCAACGAUGCCCGAUUUGUCAACGCGUGCAUCAGAUGCGCCGCGUACUACCCGGAGCCCAUCAACUUGUUCCAUCACAUCUUCAGUCAAGGAGUGGGCACCACGACGGCGGCGCUCUACGUGGCUUGGGCUCGGUGCUUUGAGCGCAAAGCCAUGACGGAGGAAGCGGACGCCGUUUACCGCCAAGCUGUGGAGAACCGAGCCCGCCCCGCCGAAAGCCUCAUGCGGGAGUACAGGCAGUUUCGGGCCAGAAGCAGAAGCCGGGAAAAGGUGUCGGGAGGAGUCGCCGAGCCGUCGUCAGGCGCCGCGCGGACGGCCGCUCCCGCGCAGGUGCCCGUCUCCUCGAUGAUCCCACUUCCAUUCGGAACCGAGAAUGACAGCCAAAGCAAAACGUGGAGGCGGAGCUCAUUGAACGCCGCAGCCGAGCUCCAAGCCAGCGGCGGUGUCUUAUCCGGCCACACAGUUUGGCGCGACGAGCGGCCGCUUGAGGUCAUGUACUCCAAGGACGCGCUGGCGUCGGAAGGAUCCGAGCUGUGCUUCGAGGAGGCGCGGGCGCGGACCUACUUGCGGAAGAGGAGGUUGAAGUGGGAGGCCGAGGAGCGGCUGAGACUGGAGCGUGUCGUGAGGGAGGACGAGGAGGCCGUGGCCAGGCUGCGGCGCCAACUCCACGACAUGGGGAGGGCGCUGAAGAUGUCUGCAACAGGAAGCCCCUCGGGCCGCCCCACCCGCCAGGAAGGCUGCGGCGGAUCGUCGGCCCGGGGCGACCUCAAUGCAUCACAGGCACGCGCGCUCGACGCUCCCGACAACUCGCCGAGCUGCCCGCACGCCGCUCCGUCGCACGUGCCCCCGUCGCCCACCGUCAACACGCGCGAGGCCCUGGAUGUGAUCAUGGGAAUGUUCCAGGCGCCCCCGCUGACCGAGGCCUCCUUGGAUGACACGUCAGCGUCGGUCCCCGGCGGGAGCCCAUCGGAUGAUGCAAACGGCUCCGACCCAACGGGCGGCUCCGCCGCCGCCGCCGCCGCGGAGCCCUUCACCGUCUACCAAGAUGACGCCAGCGCCAGCACUUGCCGCACGCUGAGCAAGAGCAGGGCGACGCGAGGCCGAGGCCUGUCCGACAAUUGGAUGCCCUUGACGUACGGCGGCGCGUCCCGGCGCUCCGCCGACACGUCGCGUGAUGGACGCCAGGAGGCGGCGGCGGAGGACGGGUGGAGCCAGCGGGACAAGGCGGGCGACGAGAUGGGCGCCUGGGCCGAGGGCUGGCCGGCGACGUGUCCCAACAACACGGCCGACUUUGCCCUAGCGGCGCGCUGCGUCUCCACGCCCUUUGCGCGCAAAGGGCUCGGCGAGGCUUCCCAGGGAGCAGCGGACGUGACGUGCGCCCGCAGAGAGGCCGACGACAACACUUUCAUCGGACGCUCGCACAAGCUCAGUCCCAUUAUGGAGCAGAGUCCGCCCGACGACAAGUCCUCCGCCGGUCAGCCGGCGUCCUCCUUCGCGGCGCACGCCGGGACCAUCCUGGGCGAGGGACUCGCCGCCCAUCGGCCGAGCAGCCGGUCCGCUGCGGCGGCCACCUUCUCCUUCGUAGACCGUACAACGCUGGGUCCCUCCGCAUCGGUCGGCGAAAACGCCCGCGACGCGGUUGCCAGCGUCCGGGCAAGCCCCGAAAAAGAGUGCCGUCAUCUCUCCGACGGCGCCGCCUCCGCGUCACGACCCGCCCGGCUGCCUUGCGGCCCCCGGGGCGCCGACCUCGACGCCGACUUCCCGUCAGCCGUGGGCCCGACGCCGCUCGCCGAGCGAAACGUGGCCGGAGGAGCUCAAGCGGAUCGGAGCCUCUGCGCGUCGCAGGAGAGCGCGCUCAACCCUUUCCGGGUCUUUGCCAACAACUCGCCGAGCCGCCCCCACGCCGCCGCGUCACGUCCGCCGUCGCCCACCGUCACCGUCAACACACGCGAGGCCCUGGAUGUGAUCAUGGGAAUGUUCCAGGCGCCCCCGCUGACCGAGGCCUCCUUGGAUGACACGUCAGCGUUGGUCACCGGCGGGAGCCCAUCGGAUGAUGCAAACGGAUCCGACCCAACGGGCAGCGCCGCCGCCGCCGCGGAGCCCUUCACCGUCUACCAAGAUGACGCCAGCGCCAGCGCUUGCCGCACGCUGAGCGAGAGCAGGGCGGCGCGAGGCCGAGGCCUGUCCGACAAUUGGAUGCCCUUGACGUACGGCGGCGCGGCGCGUGAUGGACGCCAGGAGGAGGCGGCGGCGGCGGAGGACGGGUGGAGCCAGCGGGACAAGGCGGGCGAGGAGAUGGGCGCCUGGGCCGAGGGCUGGCCGGCGACGUGUCCCAACAACACGGCCGACUUUGCCCUGGCGGCGCGCUGCGUCUCCACGCCCUUUGCGCGCAAAGGGCUCGGCGACGCUUCCCAGGGCGCAGUGGACGUGACGUGCGCCGGCGGCGAGGCUGACGACGAGCCUUUCGUCAGGCAUUUGCACAAGCUCAGUCCCAUCGUGGAGCAGAGUCCGCCUGAGCCGCAGCCUUCCGCCAGCGCCGCCGCUCAGUCGACGGCGCUCGACGGGACCGUCGUCGGCGAGCGGCUAAGCGCCCGGUCCGCCCCCCCGCCGCCGCCCGCGCUCUUCUGUGAAGACCGCAUGGAAAUGGGCACCCGCGUGGCCGCGCGGCCCGCUGACGUCCCGGUGGAUCGGCGGCGCCGUUCUCUGCCCUCCGCCGGCGAGCGCGCGGCAAGCCCCAAAAAGGAGCGCGGCGGUCUCUCCGACGCCGGCCGCCCGCCGUCCGAUCCCUGGAGCGACCGGCUCAUCUCCCACUUGCUGUCCAGGAUGAGCCCGCCGCUCACCUCGCACCCGCAAUGCGUCAGCUGGCGGCGCAGCCUCCCCGACAUCGGCGCCAAGAAGACCAUCAGCAUGGGAAAGGCGUCCCUGCGGGUGGACCGCGUCCUGGGCCAAGGAGCCUUUGCCACCGUUUACCAGGCCACCGACCCCGACAGCUGCGACAAGGUGGUGCUGAAGGUGCAGAAACCGGCCAAUAUCUGGGAGUUUUACAUCCACACGCAGCUGGACCGGCGCCUGCCUCCGAGCGUCCGUCACUUGUUCGGCCGCAUCCGCUCGGCUCACGUCUUCACCGACGGCAGCGUCCUGCUGGGCGAAGCGCACGGCUACGGCACCCUGCUGAACGCGGCAAACCUUUACAAAGGCGUCGGCGACAAAGUGAUGCCUCAGCCGCUCGUCAUCUACUUCACCGUCUGCAUCCUGCGAAUGCUGGAGGAAUUGCACGCCGCGCGCCUCAUCCACGCCGACGUCAAGCCCGACAACUUCAUGCUCGGGGAAAGGUUCGUGGAGAACGACGACUUUGAGGCGGACGAGCUCCGGCACGGCCUGGUCCUCAUCGACCUGGGCCAAAGCAUCGACAUGGACCUCUUCCCCCCGGGCACCGCCUUCACCGCCAGGUGCUUGACGUCCGGCUUCCAGUGCACCGAGAUGCUCAGCGGCAAACCUUGGAACUACCAGACGGACUUGUUUGGCGCGGCCGGGACGGUCCACGUGCUGCUCUUUGGGACCUACAUGCAAGUGGUGCAAGAAGACGGCGAGUGGAGGACCCGCGCCACCUUUCGAAGGAUGCCUCACGGCGACAUGUGGCUGCAUUUGUUCCGCACGCUGCUCAACGUUCCCGGCUGCCGUCCGGCCCUCGCCGACCUCGCCGACCUCCGCCGUCGUCUGAGCGCAGUUCUGCGGAGUGACUACCGCCACAAGAUGGCGUCGCUCAAGAGCCGCCUGCUGGUGCUCCUGCUGGAGAGCCGCAAGGCCGCGUGGCGGCAGUGAUUGAUUCCAAGUGCUGGCUUGUUUUUAAAAAAAAAAAAAAACUGGAAAAAAUCCUCUUGCUUGUCUCCUUUGAUGCGUUGAAACAAUAAAAACGUUGUUUUCUCCA